CUCUUGUGAAAUCAGUCGGUGACGUCACUGAGGCUGCAGAAUCUCUCUGGCUCAUGGGUGGGAUCAGUCUCUUCCUGGUCUGAGGCGUUUUCCUGUUCCCUCAUGAAACAUGAGCUCUGACUGAGCGAGGAGGGGGUUAACUCUCCGGCCCUGAAACCUGUUUCUACUCGCCUGGCAAACAAUCCAAACUUCCAGCUCAGAGGACUCUGAAGAGAGACUUCAGUCCGUCUCUUUGUCAGCUCGGCUGCUCGUCAUGUUGGUCUCCAGGUUUCUCUGCAGACUUGGACCUGGAGCUGCGAGACUCAGAACCUCCCCGUCCGGGUCUCUCUGGUCUCUCUGCGUCGUUUCCAGUUACAGCAGUCGGCCUCCGUCUAAAGAUGCGUACCUACACUACAGCUUCGGUCGCCCCGUCCUCUCCCUGCGCCUCCCUGCGGGUCAGCAGAGUCGCUUCACUCUGACGCCCAUGUUGACCACGGUGGGCGACCUCCUGCGUGACAUCAUCGCCAAAGACCCGGAGGUCCUCACGGCCGGUCUACUAAACGGAGAGGGACAGAGGAUCUCCUCCUGCACGUUCAUGGAGACCGUUUUAAAUAAAGACUUCCAGCUGGUCAUCAACGACGUCACGCACAACGUCCGCUCUCUGGGACAAGGGUCGUCUCACGAACACAUGUUGGGCGUGGACGAUAUGAAGUACGUGGUCCACCUGCUCCACACGGCUCUGAGUCUUCCUCAGCAGCAGCUCAUCAAACACAGAGAGCUCCAGAUCAGACAAGAGACGCUCCGGCAGCAGCUGCAGCCGCUGGAGACGGUGAGACUAAAGAUGGUUAAGGAGGCGCAGUCUAAAGCGUCAGUUCUUGGGUGGGUGGGGCUUGGCUACCUGUCCCUGCAGGGAGGAUUCCUGGCCUAUCUCACCUGGUACGUGUUUGCGUGGGACGUCAUGGAGCCGGUCACCUACUUCAUCACCUACACCACCAGCAUGGCGUUCUUCGGAUACUACAUCCUCACCAGACAGGACUUCCUCCUUCCGGGGGUCAGGGAUCGUCAGUUCCUUCACUUCUUCCACCGAUCAGCAUCCGGACAGAAAUUCAACCUUCAGAGAUACAACGAGCUCAAAGACCAGCUAGCCGAGGUGGAUGCUGAUCUCAGGAAGCUGAGGGGGGUCAUUCUGCAGCCCGGGGAUCAGAAACAGCCUGAGAGAGCCGCCUGAGGUCUGACAUCACUUCCUGUCAUGAUGCCAAUUUUUGCACAUUUUGUAUGUUUGUUUUUUUUGCUUGUUUCAAAAAUGUUUUUAAUAAAAGACAAAAUGA